UUCUCUCUCUAUCUUCCUUGGAAUCCACAAAAAAUCUUAGCCAUCCAAAGUCCAAAUUAAUCAUGCCGGGCCUCACGAUUGGCGACACGAUCCCUGACCUUCUGGUGGACUCCACCCACGGACCAAUCCAAAUCCACGACUUCAUCGGUGAUGGAUGGGCCGUGAUCUUCUCCCACCCUGCUGACUUCACUCCAGUGUGCACCACGGAGCUGGGGAAGAUUGCAUUGUAUGCUGAGGAGUUCGAGAAGCGAGGGGUGAAGCUGCUAGGAGUGUCAUGUGAUGAUGUGGUGUCGCACGUGGAAUGGAUUAAAGACAUCGAGGCUUACACGCCCGGGUGCAAUGUGAGAUAUCCAAUAGUGGCAGACCCUAAUAGAGAGGUGAUCAGGCAACUCAACAUGGUGGACCCAGAUCAAAAGGACUCCUCCGGACUCGAGCUCCCAUCAAGAGCCCUCCAUGUGAUAGGCCCAGACAAGAAGAUUAAGUUGAGCAUCCUCUACCCUGCAACAACUGGGAGAAACAUGGAUGAGGUUGUGAGGGUUGUGGAGUCUCUUCAAAAGGCAGCAAAGCUCAAGAUCGCAACUCCAGUGAACUGGAAGCCUGGAGAAAAGGUGGUCAUUUCACCAAGCGUUUCCAACGAAGAAGCGAAGAAAAUGUUCCCACAAGGAUACGAGACUGUUGAUCUCCCGUCGAAGAAGGAGUACCUCCGCUUCACCAACAUUUGACGUGGAAUCAGCCAUGCACUCUACUUCUAUAUAUCCAUCUGCUCAAGUCUCUGAAAUUUUCGUUCUGUAUGGACUUUGCUUAAUUUUAUGUGUGUUUGAAGGCUGCUGCUAUGCUGCUGUAAUGGAGGUUUUUGUUUGUGUCGCUGCUUCUGGUGUGAUGCUUGUAAUGAUGUACCUUGUGGAAGUUAUUAGUUUAGCUUCCCUCGUGGUUGUUUGAGUAUGGCUUUUAUCAAUGAAAUAAUCUCCUUUCUAUGCUAAGAAA